GGCGGCACCAAUUCCACCCCUCGCCGCCAUCUCCCACCUCUCUUUUUUCUCUUCCCCCCACCAGCCGUCCAGCAAAGAGCCGAAGCGGCGACGCUAGGGUUUGCUUCGACGGCCGCGAAACCUAGACCCUACUGCUCCCUCCCACAGCGCGGGCCGCCAUUCAGUAAUCUAGCUGCUAUACGCUUCGCUCCCCGCUCCGAUUGGGAGCUAGGGUUUAGCUCAGCUUCGGGUCGCGGCGGCGCGGCAUGGCGGGGUACGGGGAGGAGAACCAGAACGCCAUGAACGGGUACGAGGAGGAAGAGGAGGAAGAAGAGGUUGAAGAGGUCGAGGAGGUGUACGAAGAGGAGGAGGAGGAGGGGGACGGGGAUGGGGAGGGGGAGGGGGAAGCGGACGAGGGGGCUGCGGCCGCCGAGGCAGCGGCGAUGGCGGCCGAGACGAGAAGCGUCGUUGGAGACCGGGGCCUAGCGGAGGCCGCUGGGAAUGUUGACGCUGGUGGCGAGGAUGGGAGAGAUGCAGAUUCUGGGGGUGGUGAUUCGUCGGGGAAGAUUUUCGUAGGGGGUGUAGCCUGGGAGACAACCGAAGAAACAUUCACAAAGCAUUUUCAGAAGUAUGGAGCUAUAACUGAUUCUGUGAUCAUGAAGGACAAGCAUACUAGGAUGCCUCGUGGAUUUGGAUUUGUUACAUUUUCCGAUCCAUCUGUGCUUGACAGGGUUCUAGAGGAUGCCCAUGUCAUAGAUGGAAGAACAGUUGAAGUCAAAAGGACUGUCCCAAAAGAGGAAAUGUCGUCGAAAGAUGGACCUAAGACAAAAAAGAUCUUUGUGGGUGGUAUCCCAUCAUCUCUUACCGAAGAUAAAUUAAAGGAGCACUUCUCAUCAUAUGGGAAGGUGGUUGAGCAUCAGAUUAUGCUUGACCAUAGCACUGGACGCUCGCGUGGCUUUGGAUUUGUCACAUUUGAAAGUGAGGAUGCUGUUGAAAGGGUUAUGUCAGAGGGGAGAAUGCAUGAUCUUGGAGGGAAACAGGUUGAAAUUAAGAAAGCUGAACCAAAGAAACCUGGCGGGGGUGAUUCAAGCUCAAACGGAAGACACAGUCGUGGUGGUGGUCACCGUGAUUCAUACCGUGGUAGUGGUGGUGGCAGUGGUGUUUCUGGGAACAGCAGUGGUGGUGGCUAUGGAUACGGUGGUGGCUACCGAUCAACUGCUGCAGCAUACUAUGGCAGCACAGCAUAUGGUGCAUACGGCAGAGGGUAUGGAUAUGGCGGUACUGCUGCUGGCUAUGGCUCAGGUUAUGGCUCUGCAUAUGGUGGCUCCAUGUAUGGAGGUCCUUAUGGUGCCUACGGGGCAUAUGGUGGUGCCUAUGGAGGUGGUGCAUAUGGUGCUCCAGGAGGUUAUGGUGCGGGAGGAUAUGACAGCUAUGGUGGGGCUGGAGGCAUGGGUGGUGGUGGCAGCGCCGGUGGUCGGGGCUCCAGCAGAUACCACCCUUAUGGAAAAUGAUCAUCCAGUUUCUCUAGGAUCUGAUAAUAAAUCUAUACCUUCCUUGAUUUCUGCUACUGAGAAAAUGGGACAUUCCAUUCACCUUGUCGAAUCAGCGGCAUCUGAACAAUUUUUUUCCCCCUGGAGCUAUUCAUUGCACAACAAAGAUUCUAGUCUAGUCGCUGAACCCUGAACUGCCCCACUCCCCCUGAGCUUUCUGUAGAAGCUGCAGCUAAAAUUACCGUAGUCUGGCAUGAGCCUUAGAAGGCUCUUGUGAAACUAUAAGCUUUGUGAUAGUAACAAUAUGGUGUCAUGGAACAGGUGUAUUUCAAUGUAACAUUCGCUCACUGAUCAGUAACUUUCUAUCUCUGUUCAUGUGUGGAGAGAAACUUUGCAAAGGACUGGACUGAUACUAUUAAAUUGUGUGGGCUGCUAUCUUUAUCGUGAUUAUGAUCUGAAUGCAUGUUAUAUUGUUUCUAAA